UCCGGCUACCUGCACGUGGAAACCCACUAACUUUAUUGCAACAUUUUUUAAUUUAAAAUAUUCACAUUUACAAUGGCAACGCCUUCUUUAAAUGAAGCCCAGUUGAAGCUGGUAUCGGAUUUAGAAUUAGAAAUGAUGGCAGAUAUGUACAACAGAAUGACCACUGCCUGUCAGAAGAAAUGUGUACCACCAAAGUAUAAUGAAGCAGAUCUAUCUAAAGGUGAAUCAGUGUGUUUAGACAGAUGUGUAUCCAAAUAUUUAGAAAUGCAUGAUAAUAUAGGAAAGAAAUUGACAUCUAUGUCACAACAAGACGAAGCUACUGUCAAGAAACUUCAGGAACAAAUGCAGGGCCAAAAACCUUAACAUAGACCGUUUUAAUAGUUGUGAUAUUACAAUUAAAGUAUUUAUACAAUGAAGAAAUGAACAAGAGAACACCAGGAGAAAGUGUUAUCAGUGCAAGGAAUAGCAGGCCAUUGAUAAAAGUUGAAUUGACUCGCUGUCAUCAGCUGAUCUUGUGUUAUAGUUUGCAAAGGUGGCGUUUGGUUAACUGGACAUUCAGUUGACAAUUGUUUUUAAAAAAUUCACUAGACAAUCAAUAUUAAAUUUAUUAUAUUACUAAAAAUUCUAAAAUUUUAUUACUACAGUCACAACAUUUUUCUAGUAAAAUCUCUGGUUGAAAUUUUCACUGAUUUUGACCAUGAAACCUGUGUUGUUAGCGAAUUGAAAAUUACUGUCAGAUGAGACAUUGUCACUUUCUCAGUUUAUUAAAUAUUAGUCUUUUAACAUUAGAGCGUGACUAAUCCAGUAUGUAAAUGAUGCUAUAGAUUGUACAAGGCAUAGCACUACAUGUACUAAAAGAUGCAUAUAAAAUGUAUCUGAGACAUUAUGUAAACCAUGUUAAUAAGUAAGCCAAUAUUAUUAACUUAAAUGUAAACAUAAACAUUUUUAUAGCCCUCUCUCCCCCGAAAAAAAACCCAACUAAAAACUAAAUUGUUUGCAACAUAUUAGGACAUUACAUGUUAUUAAAAAUUUCCUUUUCAAAAACAAAAUUAUGCAUUUUCAAAAUUUGUAACCUCUACUGUCAUGACUGUACCAAGUUUGGUAGUUGGUACAUGUAUUUUCAGUGAUCAUUGUGUCCUUCAAAUAUUCUGCUGAAUGUAUUUUGCUCAACAACCUUUCUUUUAUCUGAUACUUUAAUUUCUUUAAUAACUAAUGUCAUUGUGCACUUGUAUGUAUUUUUAAGUCUUCUUGCAUAUUUUUUCAGUUUUCUUCUGGAUUAAUAGUAUAAAUAUCUUUAACUUGAUUUAUUCAGUUUCAUAAUAACUGUUGUAGAUCACAUUUAUUUAUUUCAAAACUGAAUGGGUAUUGAUCAUGUUGAUUGACAAAAUGAUUGAUGUGAUUUUUUUCAAAAUUUCAACAAUCCUGUACUAUGACUCAAACAAUUUUCAAUGGUCUCUAUUGUUUGAUAACAUGUAUAUUGUGAUUGAAAUAAUGUUUUAUAUAUCAAGAUGUGUUGUAACUUGAUCAUGAGUAAAUAUUUUUUAAAUUUAUAUUUUGAAUUUAGUUCUUUUUGUAUCAGAACACAAUGUUGAAGUUAACCACAUCAUGCAGUUUUUGUUUUCAUUAAUGUCAUGUGUUCAAUAAAUUUUGUCUACAGGUA